UUCACAAAUUAUAAAACACGAGGAAGGUAUUCUACAUCCGGAGUGAAAGGUUAUAGCAAUGGCGUCCUCUCCAGAGGUGGACGGCAUGAGUGCAGCUACCACCGGGAAGAAAGCGAAAAAGACUAAAAACCAAGUUGAUGAGUCUGAACUUCUGACGGUGCCCGAAGGAUGGAAGGAGGCCCCCUUCACGAAAGAAGACAAUCCAAGAGGAUUACUGGAGGAGAGCAGUUUUGCAACUCUUUUUCCAAAAUACAGAGAAGCGUAUUUGAAAGAAUGCUGGCCCCUCGUCCAGAAAUCUCUGGGAGAUGUACAUGUCAAUGCAACCCUGGACUUGAUCGAAGGCAGCAUGACUGUCAAGACCUCUAAAAGGACGUUUGACCCCUACGCAAUUUUACGAGCAAGAGACCUGAUUAAGUUGCUGGCGAGAAGUGUGCCGUUUGAACAGGCUGUACGAGUUCUGGAGGAUGACGUGGCAUGUGACAUCAUUAAAGUUGGCACCUUAGUGAGAAACAGAGAACGGUUUGUGAAAAGAAGACAAAGGCUCAUAGGCCCAAAAGGGUCCACUCUAAAGGCCCUGGAGCUUCUGACGAACUGCUAUGUGAUGGUGCAGGGGAACACGGUCUCGGCCCUGGGCCCGCACCGCGGCCUGAAGGAAGUAAGGAAAGUGGUUCUGGACACAAUGAAGAAUAUUCACCCGAUUUACAACAUCAAGACGUUGAUGAUCAAGCAGGAGCUGGCGAAGGACCCGGAGCUGCGGACGCAGAGCUGGGAGAGGUUCCUGCCAAACUUCAAACGCAAAAACCUCAACAAGCGCAAGGAACCAAAGAAGAAGAGCGUGAAGAAGGCCUACACGCCGUUCCCUCCACAGCAGCCUGAGAGCCAGGUUGACAAAGAGUUGGCAACGGGAGAGUUCUUCCUCAGAGAGAGCCAGAAGAAGAGGAAGAAGUUGGAGGAGAUCAAGGUGAAGCAAGCCGAAGCUUUGACAAAGAGACAGGAAGAGAGAAACAAGGCCUUUAUUCCCCCUAAAGAGAAACCCAUGAAGAAAACGAAAAAAGUGCCAUCUGAAGGGAAAAUUGAUGUGGAAGCCAUCAAAGAAAAAGUAAAGAAAGCUAAGAAUAAGAAAUUAGGAGCUCCGCCAGUUAACCCAGCAUCUCAAACCCCUGUUCCUGGUGACAAGAAAAAGAACAAAAACAAGAGCAAAGGCUAAGUGGGUUCUCUCUCAAUGAUGGACAUGAGAUAUGGAGUUCCUGCACUGAUGUUGUUUUUAUAUGAAAUACUGUACAAUACAUAUAUUUUUAUUAAAUGGAAAUAGUGUUUACGGUGUGAAAUGGACCGAGGUACCCGAUGGAAAAACCCUGUUUUGCCAUUGGCCAAAUUGCAGCAAUCGGUGUCGUAGAUUCUACCAAAUUUGACACUGGAAUUGAGUGAUUUGGCUUUUCCAUUUGACUGGCUGAGGAUCCAAGAAGUAGAUUACCCUCAUGUGAAUGAACUGAUGAUACUUAACAUUUUCACCAAUUUGAUUGCUAGUCUUGCUGGUGAUAGAAUGGUUUUGUUAUUUUGUCAACUGUGGUCAUUCGAAUGCAGGUGGACAGUUGGUUUUUGGUAACCAUACAAUAAACCUGAUUUACCUUUAUUUGGAAA